AAAUAUAUAUCUUAAUGAGACAUCCUCUAUCCUUCGCUUUCGCCCUCUAUCGCUCGUUUUGUUCAUUGGCAUUUCACUCCUCUGGGAGGUUCGCUCCUCCUUGCGCCGUUCUCUUUUGAAGAAUCCCGCCACGCUCGUUCCAUUACAUCCUGCUUCGAACCGUUAUCGAAGUCUCCUAUAGGUCGGGCCGUCUCACCUCACUGAUUCCCCGUCCUUCGACAUUCUGGGAAAGAGAAGCGAGAGUCUGCACCGCCUCAGACAGGAUAUCAAUCGUCACGCUAUCUAUCGACCGCUUGGUCCCUGACUGGCAUUCCCGACACCACGCGCAAUGCAAGAAGAAGAGACCGUCGCUGAAUCACGAUGGGGCCCUUUCCUCGACAGGCUGGAUGAUUUUCAGAUUUGGCAGCUUCAUAUGGAGGUGCUCGCCAACUUGGACACUCGUCGGCGUAUGAACUCCUACUUUGAUACGCUUCAGCCGGGAUACGACCAGGAGCCUGCCGGAUCUCAAUCGCAGUUUGCAUCCAGAUCUCCCACGCUUCAGCCCUCCGUACGGUCCAGCAUCCCGUCAACUCCGGUGCCCGGCAGGGAUUCCCUUCCUGGAGACGACGUAACUUUAACCUUUGCCAAUGUGGCCAAAAGUCCUCCAACACGGCAUGCUCAACGGCAAGAUGCACCCUUGACUUUGGGAAACACCCCCGAAACCAAGCAGACCGGCCGUCAGACAACAGAGGAUUGUUUGCAGAAGGGGCUGUUGAACCCCGCACCGCCAACACGUGCGGCCCCAUCAAGGUCCAAAAAGGCUGAUCCUAGUAUGAAAGGGCCUUUCUUCUGCACAUACUGUCAUGAGAUGCAUAGUCCCUCCUCUUUCAAGAUGAAGGCUGACUGGAAGCGGCACGAGACAAAGUUCCAUGAAACAGGCUUCGAGUGGCCUUGCAAGGUGUAUAAUUGCUCUGAAACCUUUUCCCGCAAGGAGGACCUCAAUACCCACGCUGAGAAGGUCCACGGCCACGUCCCAGAUACCCACGACGUCAAGCUCUCCCUACCGGCGAAACGGGUGUAUGCCUGCGGCUUCAAAGGCUGCCAAAAGCUGACGUACACAUGGAAGGAGAGAUGUAACCAUAUAGCCAGAUGCAUGCUGGAGGUAAAAGACCAGCAGAGGUGGAGUUACCACUGGAGAAUCCUCAACCUCCUGAGGCAGGACGCUACCAAGCCGGGCUGGAAAGUCGUCAAGUCUCGAUGGUGUGAACGACUGGGGAUCCAAGUAUCCGACCUAAGAUGGGAAUACAGAACCUCCCGAAACCUGGUCCAACAACUGGAAUGCCAGACAUAUGGAACCGAUAUGGAAUCGUUCCUCGAGAGGCUCUUCAAGCUUGGGCUUCCCCGACAGGGCCCAAGCAACUUUGGGAGUGCCACCCAAAGAGCGCCUGCAACAAUUGUUCAUCCUACGGGUACCUCCUCCACGUCGGUCUCUCGCAUGAAUAACUCUUCCGGUCACUCCAUCUUGCCAGCCUCCAGACUAUCCUUUGCGGACCAGCGACACAUCCAUCAUCACAACCAGGCUCACCAGGAACCUGCCUUCUUUGAGAGCAUUCUCACUGACCACAAUCUCAAUCAAGCGUCGCGACCUCACAGUGUGGUGAUGGAAGACGCACCCGAUGUUGGCUUCGGCACCGUGGGCACCUCUGCUGGCUGCGACCCCUCGAUGUUCGAUGACCAACUUCUCACCGUCAAUGACUUUCUUCUUCUGGGCGGAUACUGUACGAAUGCCACUCCGCCUCUCUCUACAUCCCCUCUCGAAGCUGCCACUGCGGCCAGCCAGGACACGGCAAGGACUUCCCCGGGAAGCCGAAUCAUGAGGAAGAGCAAAGAUAUCCUAUCCCCCAAGAGAUCGCCUCAGCCCGCCCGCCGCAUCGUUACGGAUCACCCGGACCUGACGCCUGAUUACACCGUACCUGGUCCAGCUCGCGAAAGGAGGAGGUCCGUUGUCGCCAACGUUUAUGGCAUGCCGUUCUUUUAUGGUAGCUUCCAGUCUUGGGCAUGAUAACGGUUGCAUCUCGAACGAUAGAACCGAGAUGCUCGACGGCCCUUGGACCGUAUCGUCGUCAGCGGUUCGCACCAACAUGGAAUCGGAGCAUCAAGUACACGAUCCAGCGUCCAACUGCAUUUUUAUCCGGCUCGCCAUUCGCCAUGGCUGCCGUUUUCGCUUUCUUCGAUCCACUCUUCACAACUAAAUAAUUUUUCAAGACCUACAACAUUGUAAUCACUUUCGUUUUCGAUAAUCUCCUCCCAUGUUUUUGUCAUAUCA